AUGCGUUGCUGCUGCCAAGGGGCAGCGGGUGUACGUACACCUGAACUUGGCGACGGGGAACCAGCGGCCCAGCAGCAAAAUAAAUCCUCCGGAAAAAAAAGAAAAGAAAUAAAAAGUGAAACUCAAAAUGCUGCUUCUUCGAAAGCCCUCCACGCUCACCACUCUGUACAGACACCCCAGCAGCAGCAGCAGCAGCAGCAGCAGCAGCAGCAGCGGCAGCAGCGGCAAAAUCGCACUCCUCCUCGUCCUGCUGCUGCUGCUGCUGCUAAACGGCCUUGCAGCAGCAGCUGCUGCUGCUGCUGCCAAACGGGCUUGCAGCAGCAGCAGCUGCUGCUGCUGCUGCUGGGAGUUGGGAACUGGGGAGAGAAGCAGCAGCAGCGACGGGGGAAGGCGCAGCAGCAGCUGAUGCAGCAGCAGCAGCAACAGCAGCAAAAGCAGCAGCAGCAACAACAUAUGCAGCAGCAGCAGCAAAAGCAGCAGCAAGAAACUCCCGAAUUGCACAUGGGCCAGCUGCUCCAGUGCAUGCAAAAGCAAGCCGCAGCAGCAGCAGCAGCACAACAGCAGCCAAAGCAGCAGCAGCAGCAGCAGCAGCAGCAACAGCAGCAGCAGCAGCAGCAGCAGCAACAGACCUAUCUUCUGGUGUCAGCUCCGAGGCGCCUUCGAGGCCAUCGUAGUUAA